AUGAUGCGGAUGGACUCAGUUGCCAUUAAGGAUGUGGCCGUGGACUUUACCCAGGAAGAGUGGGCUUUGCUGGAUCUUGUUCAGAGGAAACUCUACAUAGAUGUGAUGCUGGAGACCUUCAUAAACCUGGCCUCUGUAGGGGUGUGUAUUGCAGACCAGAUGACUGUUCCAAGCUCCUUCAAGCUCACCAAUUGGCGCUUUGAUGAGGCUCUGCACGAGGGCUUGCCAACACAUAUGGAAGAUCCUAAAUAUGAAUUUAAAGACUGUCGGGAAACUUAUACACCUCCUUCAUCUCUCAUGUUAUAUGAAACAUUUCACAGGGGAAAUGAGCCUUAUGAAAGUCAGGAAGAUGGGAGAGCAUUAACUUUUUCCUCAUCCCUCACUGAACAUACACAAAUUCCCAGUGGAGAGAGGCCUUUUGAAUGUAAGGAAUGUGGGAAAGCCUUUGAUUAUCUCUCAGAUCUCAGUAGACAUGUAAGGACUCACAGUGGGGAGAGGUCCUAUGAAUGUAAGGAAUGUGGAAAAGCCUUUAGUCAGUCCUCACACCUAUGUGACCAUAUGAGAUCUCACAGGGGAGAGAAGCCUUAUGAGUGUAAGGACUGUGAGCAAACCUUUCGUUAUUUUUCAAACCUCACCAGACACAAUAAAAUCCACAGUGGAGAGAGGCUUUAUGAAUGUAAGGAAUGUGGGAAAUCCUUCAGCUGUUCCUCAAACCUCACUACACAUAUAAGAACUCACAAUGGAGAGAGGCCGUAUGAAUGUAAGGAGUGUGGGAAAGCCUUUGGUCGGUCUUCGUCCCUCACUAAACAUGUGAAAACUCACAGUGGAGAGAGGCCUUAUGAUUGCAAAGUGUGUGGCAAAGCCUUUAGUCAGCUGGCUCACCUCACUCUCCACAUAAGAGUUCACACGGGAGAGAAGCCUUAUGAAUGCAUGGAAUGUGGAAGGGCUUUCAGUCAGUCCUCUCACCUCACUACACAUAUUAGAACUCACAGUGGAGAGAGACCUUAUGAAUGUAAGGAAUGUGGGAAGGCCUUUAGGUGUUCCUCAUCCCUAAUUAAUCACGUAAGAACCCACAGUGGAGAGAGACCUUAUGAGUGCAAGGAGUGUGGGAAAGCUUUCAGUAAACUGGCAAAUCUCUCUCUGCAUUUAAGAGUCCAUACUGGAGAGAAACCUUAUGAAUGUAUGGAAUGUGGGAAAGCCUUUAGUCAGUUAGCCCACCUCACUGAUCACAUACGAACUCACAGUGGAGAGAGGCCUUACGAAUGUAAGGAAUGUGGGAAAGCCUUCAGUCACUCCUCCUCCCUCACUAACCAUUUAAGAACACACAGUGGUGAAAAGGCAUAUGUGUGUAAGGAGUGCGGGCGAGCAUUUAGUCAGUCUUCAUCCCUAACGAAACAUACAAGAACCCACAAUGGAGAGCGAGCUCAUAGGUAUAAGGCCCAUGGAAAAGUCUAUAGUUAUUUCUCCUCCCAAUGUAAACCUAGUAACUCACAGUGGACAGAGCCUGUGUGA